AUGGAGUCGGAAGGCAGGAUGGGUCCUCCGCUGCCACCGUCAUCCGCAAUCAUGCCAAGUCCCCCACCCCGAAAGCUGGUCACCGUCCGCCGUAUCUCACAAUUGACGCAAAUUAAGCGCAGUCGGUUCGAAGUGGCCACGGUGGAUGGGUGGAAUGUGGUCGUUGAGAAGGGCCUGUAUACAAUCGGCGAGCUGAUAGUCUACUUCGAGAUAGAUUCCUUCUUGCCCGAAGACGACGAUCGCUAUUGGGAGUACACCAUCAGUGGAUCCAUUCAAGAGUACCUUGGCAAGCGUGGGACUGUGGUCAGGACGCGCCUUCAUCUAAGACACAUUUCCCAGGGUGUCAUAUUUCCCUUGAACACAUUUCCAGAGAUCAUUCAAGACAUGAGAGCGCAGUGCAAAGCACCGGGCCCCCAUAAUGCAGCAGAGAUCGAGAAAAAAAUGAUGGACAUCGACUACGCUGGCUUACUGGGAAUCAAGAAAUUCGAGGAGCACUUCUUGGAUGAUGGCGUGAGCUAUGGGUACCCGCCCAUUUUCUUCCCUCAGCCUGGUUGUGAGCGUGCACAGAAUGUCGUCAGCUUGUUUGAGCAGUACGGCAAUGAAGAUUUCCACGUCACCGAGAAGGUAGAUGGUAUUCCGAUUACUGUCUACCAUGUAGACCCCCAGUCACAAUGGUUUGCGGCUUUGCCUCGUGGGGCCGACACCAAGGGUGCCGAACGACCUCACCUCGGCGUGUGCAGCAGAUCGGUUGACUAUAUGGAGGUCGACAAUUCGAUCCCCUGGAAAGCCGCUCGGGAACAGGGCAUCAUCUCCAAAGUGCCGCGUAUUGGUGCUCUUUGUGCAGCUGCUAGCCACCGAAACGGCGGCAACAACUUCGCCAUCCAGGGAGAGCUUUGUGGAGACGGGAUCAUGGGGAACAGUAUGCAGUUUCACAAAGGACAGCACCGUUUCUUUGCUUUCGGAAUCUACGAUAUCGAUAAACAGAAGUGGCUGCAUCCUCAACAGACCUUCCAAAUCUGCAAAAGUUUGCAUAUCGACCAUGUUCCGGUCAUCACACGAAAGAAGCUGAACCAUUUCGCAAAAGAUACUGAUGAACUGCUGCGAAAGGCUGAGGGACGAGGUGUCAAUGGAAGCAACCGUGAGGGGCUGGUCUUUCGAACUUUGAACAGUACUUUCAGUUUUAAAGCCAUCUCGAACAGCUGGCUACUAGAAUACGGACACCUCAAGAGCACUCCAGACCAAUGGUAA